AUGGAGCUCACUGAGACCUUUCUGCUCCUGCUGGCCUUUGUCUCCUCCACAAUUGUAAGUACAACUCCUGCGCCUCCGUCUUGUGGUUCCCCAUUGGUCUCAAGUAGAAUAGUGGGCGGUACUGAUGCCAGAGAGGGGGCGUGGCCCUGGCAGGUCAGUCUGCGCUACAGAGGGUUCCACAUCUGUGGGGGGUCCGUGAUUGGCACUCAGUGGAUUCUGACUGCCGCCCACUGCUUUGGAAAGUCCCAGUCCCCAUCAAACUAUAAAGUUCGGCUGGGCGCCUACCGGUUGGCUCAGACAAGCCCCAAUGAGAUCACAUACACGGUGGAUAGAAUUAUUGUGAACCCCCAGUAUAACAGCUCAACUCUAUUUGGCGACAUUGCCUUAAUCAGACUAACGAGCCCCAUCACCUACACCAAGUACAUCCUACCUGUCUGCCUGCCUUCAACAUCUAACAGCUUUACUGACGGCAUGGAAUGCUGGGUAACUGGAUGGGGAACAAUUUCCUUAUAUGUGAAUCUACCAUAUCCUAAGACCCUACAAGAAGUGAUGACCCCACUCAUUAACAGGACAAGAUGUGACCAAAUGUACCACAUUGACUCCCCGGUCAGUGCCAGUAGUGAGAUAAUUCCGUCAGACCAGAUUUGUUCUGGAUAUUCCGAUGGGGGAAAAGACUCCUGUAAGAAAUUCCUCCUCUGGCAGCAGAUCUCUGCAAUAAAUGCCCCUUUCUGUCUUCCAGGGAGACUCGGGGGGGGCCCUUGUCUGUAA